AUGGGAGAAAAUUUAGAUUCGAAUAAUAUAGGGGUUACAGAAAGUUCCCUAAAUGAUUUGUUCAAUUCGAUUUCACUUAAUGAAGCCGUUCCCUCCUCAACUUCAACAAAUGACGUAAAAACGACUGGCUUGAAUAACGAAGAUAUAGCCGCACAACCAGAGACAACAUCAAAAGUUACAUCAGCGGCGGAGCUUGAUGAAACUAACAUAAAAGCACAAAGCAUAGAUAUAAACAACACAAUUUCUUCGUCCAACAUCGCAAGUGUUGACAAUCAAUCAAAACAGGUAAAAAUCAAGAAACGAGAGAAUAGUCUUAGUUCAAAGGCCACCAUACGAAGGUGGACAAGCGUUAAACGUGCGUUUAGCCUGCGAAAAAAAUCUGGAAAGGAAAACGUUAAUGAGAAUAAUGACCAAUCGAAUGAUUUUACAACAAACGAAGAAGAUAAAAACAUUCAGGAAAAGGCAGACGAUGAAAAUAGCAAAAUAUCAGAUAAAUCCAAAGGCAAGAAGAAAAUGAUCUAUAAUAAUUCUCAGAUUGAUACCGGUAAUGACGUAAUGAUUGCCGAGCAAACAGACCAGACGUUAGACAUCGAGGCAGUCACACCCGAAAAUAUGGUGACCACCUGCUUUCACGUAAUGAUGCCGAAAGGUUUGCAUAAAAAAUCUGUGUUUGUCAUCGGUAAUGUUCAGUUUCUGGGGUCAGGAAAAUACGGCAUCGUACAGCUUAAACGACACAAUAAAAAUCCAAUGCAUUGGUAUUCUGAUCCCAUCAGUAUGCCAAUUUCGAUUUUACAAAAUGAAUCGGUCCUCUAUGGGUAUUAUAUUUAUAAGAAGAGCGAGAAUGAUUUCGCAAAAUUCUUUAGACAAUUAACUAGCAAAGAACCGUCUGAAAAUGUGGUUCCUGAACUCAAUGUAGGCGACUGGCAUCCCGACGGCAUUGAUCGUGAAUUAAUCCUCAAGGAAAACCAAUACGACAUAUGGAACCCUACUGAAAAGUAUCCUAGAAAUUUGAAAGAUUUGCGGGAAAACUAUCCCUAUUUCUCUCUUAUCUAUCAAUCGGUAUCGAAAAAAAAUCUAAAAGAAAAGAUCAUAGAAUAUCGAAAUUUUAGCAAAAGUCAUUCGGAUGUAUUGGAUCAUGAAAUGAUAGAACGGUUUAUCUUCAGAUGUUUUGAUGUCCCAAACACCGUUGAGCAAAAAAUUUUUUUAUGCGUACUAUUGAGUCACGCGAUAGAUGAGAGAAUUCAUAUGCCACUUCUUCCGGAAAAGUUUCCUUCUCUUGAAGUGUUACAUGCUUUUAAAGAUGUUGAUAAGGAUGAUUUGUCUCGGGAAGUCAUUGAAAUUCUGUCACCUGCUAUCUGCGCGUUAGUACUGCAUAUCUCAACCUAUUCUACAAAAUUCGAAUGGAUGAGGACCUUUGAAAUCGCACCUUUUGUCGAUCCAAAGUAUACUUUCCUCAAGCAUGUUAAAGUUCCUGCGUAUACAAAGGAAAAUGCGUCAAAUUUUCUGGAUUCCCUCAAGAAAUUUGUCAAGCCAUGUAUAGAUAACAUUAUGUACAAUAAUAAUUACAUAAAAGUUUGUAAGCAUCUUAUCACCUUCUGCCGAGAUCUCAAUGCGUUUAUAUUUAUGUGGCAAACCAUUUUUCGUCCUGACACGAAUACAGAUGAAGAGCUUCAUCAAUAUUCGCUUGAUUGCCUAAGUCAAUUUAUAAUAAAUGAUAAUGCGAAAGAGUUAGAAAAGCAUCUUAACGAGAUACCUGUUGAUUUUGGCAUCGAUUUUGUCCCGAGAUUUAGAGAUAGAAUUUUUACUUUAUUGGGUACCUCUGGAGUUACUUGGGGUAAAGAUAACGUCGAUUCAAUGCUCAGAUUACUCAAUAACGCUAGAUUAAAUUGGCAAAAAGAUUCUGCUUUGCAAGUUCUCAAUAAUAUUUCCAUUUCAAAAUAUCUGGAACUGUUACGAGUUUUCCCAGUUCAACUGGUAAAUUUUCUCAAAGAGGAAUACAUGGAUGUCGGUUCUGAUGAUAAGAAGUUCGGCAAAAUUUGCAUUCAAUGGUUUGAGAGGAUAUUAGCUUACAAAAUGGAGGCGCAACAUGCAUCUAAGCGUAUUGAGGAAAACUUUGCAUGCACAACUUUCCAUUAUCUUUCGAUAAUAUAUUCUAUUAUGGCCAAAUACAAUAUUACAUACGACGAGCUCUUUAAAAUUGCUGAGAAAGCUCUCAAGGUUCUUUCUGAUGAUGUAAUUUUUGAUGCCACUAUCAAUAUUGGGAAUUUCGAACAAGUAGAACUUAUCGAGAUCUUUGGUCGUGUAUUAAAAAGAAGAUUCGGUUCUGAUGUCAAGAACAGCGAUAACCAACUACUAGGUAAAAUAAUGAAAAUAUGCAACUCUAGUGGACAGCAAUUGCAUAUUCCGAACAAACUCUGUGAAGAUACUGUCUUCUAUAUAUUAACAAGGUUACAAGAAAAUUCAUUGAAUGUAGAAAUGGAUGUUAUCGACGAUAAUUUUCAUAAGUCAUUGCUUGCCUCAUCGAAUUUUUGGGUUUGCAUCUUAAAGGCUACCGGUUUUGUUGAAGAACUUCAUAGUCGGCACACGCACGUGAUACUAGUUCGUCAAGCUAUAAUUCAGUUAGCCAAAAAACUGCUUGACAAAUCCAUAGAAAUAAAUAUGUUAAAAGACAUCUUUGAUUAUAAUGACAAUGUAUUAUUAGCCUACUUCGCGACGAUUGACGAAUCAUCAAACCUCAGCAUUAACAAGAUGUUUCUUAAGUAUCUUCGAGAUAGUUAUGCAACGUAUAUGAACAAGUUAAAUCAACUCGACGUUUUCUACAAGCGAUUUUGUACCAAAGCCACCGAUGUAAAGGAAUACCUAUCUGAUCUAACAAUAAAACAAAAUAUGCGGGAGAGGGUUACUAUUGGAAACACAUUCCAAGAAACUUUCUGGAAAUUUCAUCAACCGAUUAUCAAGAUAGCGCAACAUGCAUAUAUAUACGCCAAAUCUCAGACAUUCGGAAAUGUUUUUGAAAAAUGUUUAGAGGAAAAUGAAGUGACUUUGACGGUCGAGUUGGUUGCCAUAAAGUAUAUGCGUGCGACCUUUUCAGAGUAUGAUAAUUUGCGAGCCAAGUAUAAAGACUGGGCAACGCUCGAAUGUUUUAAGAUCAGUUCAUUUUGGAAGGAUGUCGAACUUAAAAAUAUCAAUAAUGAACUUGAAUUGAUGUCACGGGAUACGAAUUGGCGCCCGAAAGAUAACUUGAGAAAAGCGGUGGGCUAUCUCGCUCAUAUUAAAUCUUGGGGAGAACGACUUGAGUAUUUGGAAAAAGCUUUGAGAGUUUUUAGAGUGCGGGAUGUGUCAGAAAGUUGGGUGGCCAACGUGCGCAACAGGUUACUUAAAGAAUCUUUAACACUUUUGGAAUUAUUUAAAGCAUUCAAUGACAUAGACAAAUAUAUUCAUGAUUUUGAUGACAACUGCUGGGAGAUGAUAGAAGCGUUGUCUUACGCUGGGGAUUUAAUUUCUUGGCUUCAGACAAUAGUUAAGAACGACCUAAGAAAUUUAAUCAAUGGAGUAGACGAGAAACGUGAUGUUCAAGAAGAAACUGUCGCCACAUUACUUGAAGUUAAGCAAUUUUUAGAUCCUUUUAUGAAUGACAUGAUAAAAUUUUCUAAGGAAGGAAAGGCGACGCCCACGAUAAUCACCAAGUUUAUGAAACAUGUACGUGACAUAAUUUCGAAGAAUAAUUCUUUGCCUGAGAAAGUUGCUCAUUGUUGUUCAAGUAGUCUCGCACUCCAGAAUAUAUAUUCUAGCAUACUGAAUAGGGGGGAAGCAAUUAAAGAAUGCAUCAGAGAUGCUGUGACUAAAGGUUCAUACAAAUUCUACCGUGACGAUGAACAUGAUAAAUGCGCGGUAAAUCUAUUUUAUAAAAACAAAUCCGGAAAAAUAAUUUCCUAUGAUCUUUCAGGCAUACAAGAUUUGCAAGGUCAGGCUCUCCUGAUCGCAAAGCAAGCGGCAUCGGCUUUUGUUUUACGCCUACCUGUUGAGAAUGGCAAUAGUCUAGAACAAGGGGCCGACGAACUGAUGGAAUUCGUACAGCAAGUGGACGCGGUACACCAGAUUCUAAAAUACGCUUCUCAAUUAAUGGAAUUGGGUCAUUUUAUGUAUAGAGAAUGGAGUAUGUCUGCGAGCUCCACAGGAAAUAUGAUGUCGAAGCUUGAAAAGCUUAAACAAGAUCUUCAUGAUUGGGAGAAAACCAUGAAACAAGCACAGGAAAAACAUUAUUAUUUAACAUUCUACACCGCAAGACAUAUUCAAACGUUUUACGAUUAUUUUAGUUGUAUGGGCGAAGCUGACUCCAAAAUCCGCGAAACAUGUGAAAUAUUGCUUCAAUUUGUAUGCAAGGGGGCAAAAUUACCACCAAACAAGGGUGAUAUAUGUAUUGAUACAGAUGAAAUAAAUUUUUAUUGGGUACUCUGCGAAAUAGGAAAAAAAUUACACGACAUCUUUAUGCAAAUAUCCAAGUAUCCUCGGCAAAUCAAAGCAAAACUAGAACCGAUUGUCUCUGAUGUAGUUUACCCGGGUAAAUUGUUUGUCGCUGCGUGCGCUGAUAGUUAUCGCGUACCGAACAUUAUUCUAUCUCUAUAUGCGAAUCACGGCUCAUAUCCUGAACCAUGGCAAUUGUUAAUGUGCAGAACUACUACAACUGCUGAGGAACUUACACUUUUCAUCAAAAGAUGUUUUCUUGCCGCGACAAAUGGAUACGAGAAACGCCUAUGUUGCAUCGCAGGUUUAGAGUUCCUUGAAUUCGAAUUACAGUAUAAAUUAGUCAAUGACAUACGUAAUUUUCAGGAAACCGAAACAGAUUAUCACUUGGCUUUGAUUUGUUGCCAAGAAAAUGGAAUUCAUCACCACAUUCUUGAUCGAUUUUCUGAAAGCGUGUGCAUCACGAACGGUCUUGGAGAAAAUACCAUGAAAAAUAUGUAUAUAGAACUCUGUUCCAACGUGUUUUGUGUCACCUCUGAGCUAUCCGGCCAAGGAAAGACGGAAUAUAUAAAGAAUGCCAGUAUGAAUGCUGGUUUGAUUUCACGAAGUUUAUUGAUAAGUGACAAUAUACAUUUUGAUAAGCUAGUUCAAAAGCUGAAAGAGUGCAAGCUCGAAUCUAUAGAGAGUAUGCACUUGAACAUUAUAUCUAUUGAUAAUCCUAAUGAUUGUAAUGUUUUUCUUUUCGAGCUUUUGACACUCGGAAUUGUCUCAAACAAAGCAGAUAUUGUUUGCCUCCCAAAGCAUGUGUUCAUUGAGAUUGCAUCGACAGAGAAUGAACGUCUAUUAAAUUCGAUUCCGAUCGCGCAAUACCUUAAAAGAGUGCACCUGAACUGGAACAUCAACAAUUUUAUUGUCUCUCGCGAAAUAAUGAGCCCGAUACAAAUAGUGUCUAAUUAUUUGGACGCGCACGAUCGCAACUUGCUUAACGAAAAGGAUAUUUUGUUCACAGGACAGAAAGCUAUAAUAAAAUAUAUAAGUACAAAACGGUGUCACGAGUUAGUGCAAAAAUAUUUUCUAGAUGGCAACAAUGAAAAUAUCACAUCGUAUCGAUUUUUAGAAAUAUUUUUGAACGUAUUUGCAGAUCAAUUGGUUCGUCUGUCAUCAAGUUCAUUUUUCAACGUAGAUAAUCUUAGACUUAUGGUGAAAGAUUUGGACGUUCGUUCAACAUUAAUGACGACCCUGCUCGAAGUCUCCAAAUAUUUCGCGACACGUUCAGUCGCAACAAAGGCAGCACAACUAGAAUCAACGCAGAAUGUUGAUAAUGAUCAACUGGAAACUAUCGUACAGUGGGAUGCUUCAAAUCAUCUCUUGGUGUUCUUUCUGUCUCAAACACCGAAUUCUAUUUGCGCUCUUUAUCGUGACCGAGAUAGAGUCCCUCCUGAUGUGAAACGCCUGUUAUUGAGUCAAGAAGUUAAUAAUUAUCAGGUUGUUCCUUUUCAACAAGAGGUACAGAGAGUAUGGGAAUUAGACGACUAUCAUACCAUGUCAGCAAAUGCAUUACUGGAGAAAUUAGAGCGUAUAGCGAGAAAGUCGAUGGGAGAGUUAAAAUUACCAAAUUACGCGUUAUCGGCAGAUAAUCUCCUUAAGAUGGCCUUGAUUCUAUUGAGAUCUCGAGCGAAUAUUCCAGUAGUCAUAUGUGGAGAGGCAGGUUGUGGCAAGACGAGUUUGAUUGGUUUUCUAGCGGCAGUUGUAGAAGUCAAAGUUAAGAUACUUUCACUUCAUGCUGGUAUAACCGAAGACCAGAUUCAUGAGUUCAUGAAAACAAGUACUCAACUUGCCAUGAAUGGUCAAACAUGGCUAUUCUUUGAUGAGAUUAAUACUUGCAAUCAUAUCGGGCUUCUUGCUGACCUCAUAGCUCACAGAACACUAUCGGGCAGGCCGAUACAUCAUAACAUUCGCCUUUUUGCUGCAUGCAAUCCUUAUCGAUUCCGUAAGAAAAGUGUAACUAAUGUGGGUUUGGAAAAAAAUUACCAAGAACAGAGCAAGUUGGUCUAUCAAGUACAUCCGUUACCUGACCAAAUUUUGGAUUAUGUUUGGGAUUAUGGCGUUCUUAAGCCCGAAGAAGAGAAGGCAUACAUUAAAAUUAUGGUGGAAAGUCGGUUAGGAAUGUAUCCAGUAUUUGUGGAUCUUCUUUGUGAAUCACAGAAAUUUAUUCGCAUGGUUGAAGAACCAUACACUGUUAGCUUGCGCGAUGUAAAACGAGCGAUCAAGUUAGUUGAAUGGUUUCAAAAAAGCCUGAAAGAACGACCACCAGCUACACGAGCUAGUGGUAUCUUUAUCAUGAAAUAUUGGAAUUAUCCACCGAAAGAUGGAAAAAAAUUGAAACUUUAUAGUUUUGUUCUGUCACUCGGACUUUGCUAUCAAUCCCGUUUAUAUGAUCAAGAUUUACGAAAAAGAUAUCGAGAAUGUAUGGCUCGGGUUUUCAAGGUUCACAAAGAGGAUAUUUCUGCCUCAACAUUUCAAACGAUAAUUCGCAAGGAACAAGAGGAUUUCAAGCAGAGAAUGGUGUGUCCUCCAUCGACAGCGGAUAAUGAUGCACUUUUGGAGAAUGUUUUUGUGAUGAUUGUUUGUAUAUUGAAUCGGAUUCCUGUUUUUAUCAUCGGAGCUCCUGGAAGUUCAUCUAUUGACAAUGUUAUUUUUGACAGCUCUAAGUCUCUAGCAGUACGACUUAUAAGUUCAAAUCUUCGAGGGGCAGAGUCGGAAGAUGAAUAUUUUAAGACACUACCACAGGUUUAUUUUAUAUCACAUCAAGGUUCCGCAUCAUCGACUUCGGACGGUAUCCUAAAGGUUUUCGAUAAAGCAGAAGGUUAUCAAAAAACAAGUUCAGAGUCGUUCCCUGUACAAGCUGUUGUCCUUCUUGACGAGGUUGGUCUAGCGGAAACUAGUCGAUUCAACCCAUUGAAAGUUCUCCAUGCUCUUUUAGAACCAGGUUACUCUGGUGAAGAUCCUUCAGCGUCGAUUGCUAACAAAAGAGAUCCCGAAGAUGGACCAACCGUGUCAGUUGUUGGUAUUAGCAAUUGGCGUCUGGACAACAGCAAAUCAAGCAGAGCUUUGCUUGUACAAAGACCAAAAUUUGGCAUUAACGACCUUACAUUAACAGCUUCCAUGCUUUUAGAUGACAAAACUAAUGGAAUCACCGAUUCCAAACUUAGACAACUUGCUGAAGCUUACCUCGAUUAUGAGAAAAAUCAAAAGUUUAAAAACUUUCAUGGACUCCGUGAUUACUAUGCGUUGGUGAAAAGCCUGAGUGGCACGGAAUUGACAACGAGAUCAUUGGAACUGGGACUGAUAAGGAACUUUGGAGGAACCGAUCAGACUAAAUUAAUAUGCGAGAACUAUUUUAGUAAAGUUUUGAAAAGUUUUGGCAACAAGAAUAGUUACACAUAUACACUAAUUCCCGUCGAACGACUCAUAAACGAGAACCUGAAUCGGAAAGAUACGCGUCAUUUAAUGGUUAUUGGGAAAAGUGAUUCGCUGGUCAACAUCCUAACAUAUCACAUGCGAGCUCAGCACAUGGACCCUGUCAUACUGUGUGGAUCACAAUUUCCUAAUGAUGGUGAUGGUGAUUAUUUGUAUGCCGUUUUGAGUAAAAUCAUGAUGUGUGUAGAAGCAGGAAGACCGUUAAUUCUCACAAAUUUGGACAUUAUUUACGGGAGUCUCUAUGAUUUGUGGAAUCAGAAUUACAUUACCCUUGGCAGUCGUGGGGACACUAAAUAUUUCGCACGCGUUGCACUCGGCGCAUAUUCAAACCCAAUGUUAUAUGUGCAUCCAGACUUCAAAUGUAUUCUAGCGAUGGAUGAAAACAAACUCGAACAUAUAGAUCCACCUUUGCUCAAUAGAUUUGAGAAACAACGAUUGACAAUAAACGAUAUACUCUCAGAACAUCAUAAGGAACUCUGUGAGAUCUUGGAUGAAUGGGUUCGUCGAAUAUCAACACUGCAAGGGGCUACAGUCCAAAGAGCAUCAAAGGAAUUUACCGAAAAAGACAUUUUUAUAGGAUUCGAUAAGGAAGAAACUAUUCAGAGUCUUGUGUUCGAUCAGUGCAAGAAGGAGGAAAAAGAUGGUGAUGAUGAUUUGAUUUUGAAGAGAUGCAAGGAAAGGCUGAUAGCCAUUGCAUCAUCAGAUGGUAUUGUGCGUGCAAGGCAAUCUAUUUUAUCCAUGCAAAAACCCAAAGAAGUCACCGAGUUGAGUAAUUCCUACUUUAAUAAUGGGUUACAUGAUGAUAUCGAGUCAUGUUUAAGAUUAUUGCUUGGUGAUAAAAAUGAUCGAGCGAGUAGAGAGGGGCAAUUAGUCAUUAUCAAUACAUUUUCAAAUAUUAACACUGAUAUUAAGGCUUGCUUAAACACAUUGGUGACUUGCCAAGUGGAUAAGCUUUCAACAUUCAAAACAGAGUCUCAGCUCCAGGAUCGGAUAAAACAUUUUUGGUUGGACAGCGAUGAUGAACUUCUGGUUAUACAAUGUGAUCUAUCAACAGUAAAUUCUGGUUGCAUCAAACUUUCAAAAUUUAUUAUUGAACAAAUCCGAACAAAAUACUUGGAAAAAAAACGAAAGAUGAACAUUAACAUACCAACCAAACACGCUUGCAUCAUUCUUCAUAUUCAUCGCGAACAAAGUGUAGCUUCUGCUAUGUUUGAUUUCAUGUGUGGAUGGAAUCAAAUUACUGUUGGUACACUGACCUCACAAGAAAAGGACCUGCCAGUCCUUCUGGGAGGAACCAUCAGAGAUAUCAUGGAUUCGGCUUUACCAUUCGAAGAGAUCCUUCGGCAAGAAUUGCUGUGGUGUCUUCUCUGUAUCAAGUAUCCAUCAUCAGUGGAAUCCGUAGAUCAUAUCAAAUAUCUUGUCACUGAAAUUCCACAACAUUCACGGUUUAUAAAAACUUUGAAACAAAAAACAUUGAAAUGGUUGGACGAGAAUACUUCAGCAAAUUGGCAACUACGGGUUGCCUCUGACAAAAGAGUACUUUAUCUACAUUCAUCAUUCUCCGCAGCUCUUCGAACAUAUAUCCGAAUUCUGGUGAGGAAGCAUAUUGCUAAGCUAUUGUGCAUGCUCGAACGUUUAUCAGCUCUCAAAACUUUACUAGUUCUCGAAUGCAAAAAUGAUGAUCGUUAUAACUACCUUAUUGAAUUUUGGUAUCAAAUGUUCGCAGAUAACAACAUCAUCAAUACUGAAAUCUUGAUGGACCCGAAACCUGAUAAUUAUCGCAUGGAAAGCGGUCCAUACACCUUGGAAUUUCCCUUCUCCCAUUAUCUUAUCAAGCAGAUUAAUCAUUACGAGAAGCUCUGUUUGGAGGACAUUAAAAUACUUGAAGAUGAUGAAAACAAUAUUGAUAAGGUCACGGGAAAGCUAUUGAGCAAUAUACUUGCUAACUGCUUUGAAAGGUUCCAGAACAUUAUAUCAAAAACGCCUGCUCUUGUUAAUGCGCCUCUUCAAAAAGCAGCUAAUUUGUACCUUAAAGAUUUUCUUACCGUCAUCUCUUCCGGUCUUGGAGGUAUUGAGAACUUUGACCUUCUAAGUCUCCUACUGCAUCGGCGUUUGGGUGAAAAGAUGAUACUGAAUCCUAUUAGACUUCACACAUAUUGGUGGGCAAAAUCAGACAUUGUAAUCGCUGAAUUGCAGUUAUCUAAAUUUUGCCCUUCAAUUAAACAUGAAAUAGCUGAAGACGUAGGUGACAAUUUUGAGAAUUUUAAAAAGGAUCUCCCGAGUAUCGCCGCCAAUUUAACACUGGAUCUUAUUCGGGUGUUGGAUGGCAAAAAACAAUUACAAAAAUGGCAGCUAGAAGUAUCCCAAGUACUAUCUCUUUGUUACGAACUCUCGACAGGUCUCCCAGAUUCUUCCAUUCAACUUCUCAAUAUAUGUAAUAAUCUUGUCUCGAAACAAGUAAUUCCUCAUAACAGCCUUUCAACUAUCAUCGAUCUUGGACGUAAUUAUGACAUUUCAAACAGAAACUUUACGGAUUAUAUCUUUAAAAUUUUGGACAAAAAAGAUGGAAACAAGAAUAUCGCUGCAAAACAAGCCUUCGUCUUACAAAUCUUGGAUAUUAUUCCAAUUGAAUCCCCUGCUCGUCUACACCUCUACGAAAAGUUGUUUGCACAAGCUCAGCCACCGCCUUUCACAGCUUUUAUAAUACUUUGUAUCUUCCGUUCAGAAGAAAGAGAUAUGUUCACAGAUAUAAUCAGAAAUGUGGAUAACAUAUUGUUUUUCUCACCAAGGCUCAAUAGAAUAAACAAACAGUUAGGAAUGAAUCAGCAUGACUCGGGUCUAGCAGCAUUGUGCUGUGAUGUUAUCCAAGGGGAAUUCUACGCCAAAAUGGGAUUAUAUAAACUUAUAGAAUUAUUUCAAGAUGCUAUCCAAGUUUUGUGUGCUAAUAACGUUAAACCUUUACAGCUAGUUUGUGCUAUAGCUCUAUUAAAACAGUUUGUUCAAGACUUGUGGUCCUCCUCCACCCUAAACAGGGCUUUGAAUGUGCCGAUUAAAUUUAAUUUCUCUAACUCAGAAAGAUUCAUGGUCGGCCUAAACAAUUUGAUGCAAUCAGAGCACCCACAGAUCCAAUCGUUCAAAUUCUAUUUUCUCAAGAACUUGCGAGCACGUGGUCUCUCAAUGAAUGACCUUAAGCAAUUCUACAUUAUUCAACAAAAGACUUUGCCAUGGCUUUCUGAUUUACCAUGGAAUAUAGACAUUGACUCUCGCUUACCCUUCAAUCCCUACUAUUUGCUCAAGGAAUAUGAAGAAGCAGAAAAUGCCAUGAGCGGAGCUCGGUUCGAUGACUUUUUAAAUAAACUUUCGUUGAGUAGCCAGAGCAACUUGCGCAUUGCUUUCGUUGGGGUUAUUGUAGCCAGCCUAUAUGCAAUUCAGGCAACACGAAAUUUGAAUGAAAAGGAAAAUAAAAUGACAACUCAUUUGCGAGUUUAUUUGGAUAAUAUCAAUAUAUCACCAGUUUAUAAACGAUUUGUGGAAGGACUUUUAGCAAAUAACUAUCCUUUACUUCAGAUUAAUCAGAGAAUAGAUAAUACAAAUUUGAUAAUUCGCUUGGUCAUUGUUCACAUAAUUGCAGUUCAUGCGUCACUUCCGGCCAAUCAUUCACCAUUGACAUUAUACCUUCACAAACUGCAAGAAAUGCAGCACGCAUAUAUAUUAACCUGCCCAUCUGAUGAAGAUGCAAUAUUAAUGAACGCUCUUACUGGAUUCACGUGGUACCAGUGUAAUUGUGGUUAUAAAUAUGUCGUAGGUGAAUGUGGUGGUACUAUGGAGGCUCGACCAUGCCCAGGAAGAUGCCGUAGGACGAUUGGUGGACAAGACCACAGAUCGGCAGAAGGUCAAACAAGAUUGAAUGGUGCCCAAGUUCAAAAUAUCAUCGCUAACAGAGAAAAGACUGGUUAUAUAAUGGAGGCUGGAACAUUAGAACAAGGCAAAAAAGUUCGCGAAAUGACUGCAUCUUCAUAUCGUAUCUUACAUCUUUUUGUUCACGUUCUCAUUGCUGCUUCUUCACAUUCGCAAAUAUUCUUUAAUAAUAUUACUAAUCCUAUUGGGCAUUGCCUGGAUCACAUCACAAAAGAUUGGGAAGUAUUAAAAACUCUCUUAAAUUGUGACGAUGAAAAUUUAGCUUUAAUAUUCCAUAGCAUACUUCAUUCGAUCGCCCAAGAUGGACCGACACAUAAUCCUGAAUUAAAAACAUCAGAAGCACGAACAAAUUGGGAACGCCAAUUCACCACGCGUCAUGCUACUAAUCGAGCCAGAAAUGCUGCAACGAAUUUCCGCAACCAACUUCAGAGGGCUAACGAUGAUAGAAAGAAAAAAACCACCGAACUUGAAGGAGAGAUAAACGAGACUUUGACUUUUGAUAAUGCUUAUAAUGCAAGGCGAUUACCUCGAUUAUGGAGACGUAUUGGAGAUAUAAGUCUUGCUGACUUCCGUGCAUAUUACAUAAACAAUGAAAGUUAUCGCAAGAAUUUCCCAUUUAUUUCAAUCUAUUUCAAAUAUGAGAAACUUCUUCCACAUCUGAAGCAUAUACAUCACCUAGUGAAAUUUGUGCGCAUACUUUCCACACGCCUUAGCUAUCGCAUCAAACGAGAUGAAGCAUUACAUAUGACAUUCCAAGAGUUUAUUGACAAAGAUGCCAAAGCAGAUGGAUACAAAGAACUUCAGCAUUCUCUUAAAACAGCAUUCGAUAACUUUGCAAAAUCUUGGAAUGCUGUGAUGCCACUUAUUGAAAGAUAUCAAUGUCACGAUUUACCUGCCAAAAAACCUAAGAUGAAUUUGAAUUGCCAGAUUGUAUUUGGUCUUGUAGAAGGCAAGGAUGCAGGUCUAUUUUUAUGCGCAGCAUUAGAAUAUUUAGUUGAUCUUCAAAAUAGAUUCCUACGUGAUGUUAUGAAUAUCCCACCUGGAACAUGCCAUUCAUUGAAAUUCAUCGAACAGCAAACAGGACUUGAGCCAGGUGCAAAUAGCCCAUAUCAAAUUAAAUCUGCACGACUUGAAGAUGCUCAACAAGUUAAUUUCAUAGAUUAUGAAUGGAACCCCAAAAUUCUGGAAUACAGCCAACGCAAUCUUGAGAUUGGUAGAGGACAAGAAAUUGAAUAUGAUCUCCAUAAAAUCGAAGCAGAACUUGCGCGGGAUUUAAUUUUGAACAAAACCUACUUAGAACAUACUGAGCAAGACGGACUCAUAUUAGAACCGUUCCCCUAUUGCAUGGAAAUAUUCCGGGAAUCCACAACUAUAUUCUUUGAAAUUAAACAAAUGAUUAAACAGGAAUCAAUACCGCAAGAUUUGUUUGCAUUACUCACCGGCGGAGUCUCUUCAAACUAUUCAUCCAAAUUUAGCAGCGGCACCAGAAGUACAGAGAUAAUAUUAUCUAAUAAUGAAUCAGAACUUUUAAACGCCCUAGAAUUGCUUUUAUGUUUCGUUAAGAGGACUGCAGGAAGUGAUGGCAAUAUAACCAUCAAAGAAUACAUCUCGCAAUGGAUGAAGCUUUCCGUUCUUUCAGAAAAUAAAGAAUUAGAACAUGUGCUGAACGUUGGUCUACAACUCAAACAUGUUAUCGCACUUUAUGAACUUGUUGAAAGCAAGGUUGCAGAUAUUGUGAUAGAAAGCAUCGCCACCAAAUACAAGGUCAAACUUACAGAAGAUAUAGAAAAUGAGAUAUUGGCAGCUUGCUCUUUUGAAGAAAAGUGCGCUAAACGUAAUGCGAAUCUUAUUCCAGCUGAGGAAUUUAUGCUAGCAUUAAAACGAUUUACGCAACGUAAAUUAUCAGUAGAAUCUAUACGUGAAGAUCAUCCACUAUCAGCUUAUUUGACGGAAGCAACUAUUGGGUGUUGGUCAGAUGAAAUAGAUGAGGAUUUAAUUUCAGACAUGUUUCCUCCGUCACUUUUGGUAAAAAAUACGCAUGCAGCAUAUCAUUUUAUAAAAAGGAAGAUAGAGAUGGUGACUGCAGAAAGGCAGAUUACAGUGAAACAGGCCAAUAUUCACAAAGAAGAACAAAGGAUGUUUAAAAAAUAA